AUGCGAGAACUCCAUCUCACGCCCAGAAGUUAUGCCCAAAAUCAGGAAACGCCCGCCAGAUUCUCGCCUGAGGCUCAAAAAGAAGCAAAAAGGAAAGUCGCUUCAGUCAGUAGGUCAACAAGUUUGAAAUACUCUCUGCUUCCAUGGGCCGUCGGUCUGACUGUGAUCUGUGUUGAGAUUUUUACUUUUCGCUCCAGCCUUGGAUUCUUUUUCUUUGGUAAUUACCUUCCUCAUUCAGUAGUGGUCUUCUUCGAGUACGUAUUCUUUGUGUACCUUCUCAGUGUCAUCCUUUGGAUAACAUAUCAGAUUGUGAAUAGAAAGUUUCAUACAACCUUGCCUGUCAAUUAUGGCAUGAUUGUGCCUUCGCAACUGUCACAUCCUGUCAGCAAAGCUGCUACUAAAUCACCCGCAUUAGAUACCUCAAGUAGAGCGGAUACCUCUUGGGUGGAAGAUCACAAUGUCGGGACUAUGUCAGCAUUUUUACCUCAGAGCCGUCAAUCGCACAUCAGUCCCAAUCGGUCUGGUGAUUCGUUUGGCUAUGUCCCUGAAAGCGAUGCAUAUGUCAAUGUUAUGCAGCCUGUAUCGGUCAACGUCAAUCUGCUAUCUGAUAUCCUGCAGAUUGCGCUUGGAGAGGACAUUACUGAAGAAGCCGAUGAAAAAUCGGAAAGGAUCCCCUCAUUCAGUCGAUUUCUUCGUAUGCAGCUAGAUGCAGUUCGCUCCGAAAAAUCGAGAAUUUACGAGAUACCAAAACUGGAAUUGUGGAUCAAGUACGCAAAAGCAUUGGUAGAAAUCAUCAGCCCUAGCUCAGAGAUUGUCACUAAGAAGUUGCUGAAUCAGUAUGUGAACAGGCAACUGCAGUUUAUGAGAAUGCUAAAUGCUAAACAUGUAAAAGAAGCAAUAGCGAGAUAUACCGGCACAUCGCCCAGUUUUGGUAAAAAUAAACCGCUUACGGAGAGAGGUCGAAAUCAAGUGUUUACGAAGGCCGAGCACGAUCACAAAGUUGCUCUUGCUAUAGCUUAUUUGGAUGCUGUAUUAGUUGGAGAUCGAGAUGAAGCGAUUGCGCAAGUGCGUGCCACAUGUGACAGUCUCUGGCAAGGGGGAAUGCGAGGUUGUGAGGAGAUCUCGAUGACAGGAAAUCGUUGCCAACUGAAGGUGCAUGCCACCAUUGGUGAUGCUUCCGUACCAUCUAGCGAAUGGGAAAUGCAUUCAAAUGACAUCACCUAUCUUUCCACAUGCUCCUGUGGUCGACGUCAGGCAGUUCGUAGGGAUCCCUUUACUCUCAAGGAGGCAAACUAUGACUUUUACUUCGAAAACAAAAUCUUUUCUUGCUGUGCUGGAUUGGAAAAGCAUGUGUUCGCUGUGCUAGAGGAUGAUGAUACUGAUGCAGACAAGGGAGGAAUGAAUUGGGAAGGUGAAGGCGCAGGCUCAAAUCCACUUUUCCCUGUCCCUGCCGCUUUGAGAGAUAGGCAAAAUGCUGACGAUGAUUCCAACAGACCAGAAGGUGACGACGAAGAUGCCACAGGAAGCGAAACUGGCGAGGAUUCGGUAAGCAAUGCGGAACCAGAAGUGAUUGAGAGUUCCUCACAAUCAUCGCAAGACGAUGAUGUACACUAUCAAGACAUGAAAUCGUAUUUGGAUGAUGAGUCAGUUUCUUUCGUGAAAAGUCCCCACACCAAGCUUGAUGAGGCCGCUAUUGCAUUUGAAGCUCAUUUGAAGAAGCUGCGGGCGAAGCAGAUUCCGUUCCUUGAAGGAGUGCCGCACUCACUCUCUCCAAAGUUGCCACCUCUUUUCCCAUCAUGGACACUCACUUGUAUUGGACCAAACAGCUACUAUACGUAUUCUUAUGGUCUUCGCGAUCAGCCCAAUCUAAAACUGGGUGGAGAGUAUCUGUAUCCCGUUAGCGUUCAGUUAGAAGUUAAACUCUUCGUCGGAAUGGAGUAUGAAUGUCCACGCGGUCAUCGCUUUUUUGUUGCAGAAAAUGGAGAACCGCUAAGGUUACCAAAGAACUCAAAUGCUCGAUCUGCGCUGAAUCGAGAAUCGGAUGAUGAGUUCUUGCACUGUGAUUUUCCACUGAGACGUCAGUGCACGUGCAAAAAAUUACCUGUGCAAACAGCUCAACUUAUGCGAGUCCACGUCGUGACACCAAAAGCGCCGAUAACCGUGACUAUCCAACCAUCUGUUGAGAUUCCUGGGCAGGAAGGCUGUUUUGGUACUGGUGAAGGACCGCUCCAGCUUUCGUGGGCAAGGUAUUACAUACUGCAACUACCUUUCAUAUACUCCGGACCAUCGGGAGUGUGGAUACCACCAGUAGGGGUCGAAAAAGUGGGUACAUUUAAGGGUGACGCCAUCCAAGUGAAAUACGUCCCGAUGCUGUCAAGGAGAUGAUUGUACAAAUGUCAGUUAGAGGAUUUCAUUUCAUCUGCUCCUAGCCCGUGUCCCGGGACGCUGUAUGUCAUUCAGUGUUAACGAAUCCCGCUGGACUUACUAGGAGUCGACACUGUCAUGCUGUGAAUUGUUGCCGGUGUUCCGCUUACAUUAAUGUUUCUAUCGGGUCUGAUUUUUGUUUCCUUCUGAGAAUGUUUUUUGUGAUGUUGGUCUUAUCAUUCAUCAGAUGUAUAUGUAAUAUAUUUAU